AUGUCCAUUAACACCACUGAUGUCACCCUAGUAAGUCGCCAAUCACUCAAACCUCGGCAUCAUCUAACCAACUGGGAACAGGCCGCGAUCAUCUCCGCUCUAGCCAGCGAGGUUGCCAUCCAUCCAAUGGAUACAAUAGUGACCCGCAUGCAAUCUUCAAACUAUAAGCAGAUUUACAGACAGAUCAAUGGCACCACAAGUCGCACUCUAUUCCAAGGCCUCUAUCAAGGAUUCGGUCCGGCUCUGGUAGCAGGAACCAUCGGCUCCGCAGCCUUCUUCACGACCUACGAAGUAACAAAAUCGAUGUUCGAAAAUGCACAGAGCACGGGCUAUUUGCUUGGUUUACCGCGACCUAUUACGCAUAUUGCGAGUAGUGCAGCUGCCGAGCUGAUCACUUGUGCUAUCAUGAACCCGGCAGAGGUCUUGAAGCAGAAUGCCCAGGUUUAUCAAAAGAGACCCGGGAGUCUGACACCAACAGCGGAGACGUUGAAAAUGUUGAAACAACAGCCUUCGGCGCUUUGGGCUGGGUACAGUACUCUGGUGGCGAGUCAGUUGCCAGGGAUAUGUCUAACAUUUGCCCUUUAUGAGAUGUUCAAAGAGAGUUUGCUGGAAAGACAACCGGGAUAUGAUAAGGGCCAACAACUUCGAGCCAUAGUGCUAAGUGCUGGUGUCGCUGGAGGAUGUGCAUCUCUGCCUUUUAUCCCCAUCGACGUGGUCAAGACCCGGAUGAGGCUCGCUGUUGGCGAGCAGACGUCUAGCACUCAAAGUCUCGGAAGCAAAUCGGGGCCACCGACUCGUGUGAGUGCGUUUGAUGUCGCUGGAAAUAUUCUGCGGAAAGAAGGAUUACCUGGCUUGUUCCGAGGGUCCGUUUUGACGUUCGUUGGGGGUGUGGUGGGAAGUGCGCUUUACAUCGGGUGUUAUGAGGGGAGCAAGCUGUACUUGUUCGAUGCUCCGACCUCAUAA